AUGUCCGUCUCUCAGAUCACCCCCACCCUCUUCCUGGGCGGGGCCGACGCCCCCCUCAACGCCAUGCUGAUGUCACAGAAGGGCAUCACCCUGAUCGUCAACGCCACCAUCAACCACGCCUGCCCCGCCUACCCCGGGGUGGAGUGUGUGCGAGUCCCGGUCUCCGACCUGCCCAGCGCCCGCCUCGGAGACCACUUUGACCGGGUGGCAGAGCGUAUCCAUGGCAACCAUGCAGGUGGCACGCUGGUGCACUGUGCCGCAGGUAUGAGUCGCUCCCCUGCGCUGGUGAUGGCGUACCUGAUGCGUUUCAGAGGAGUGACGCUGCGCCAGGCGCACCGCUGGGUGCAGGACAGCCGGCCGUACGUGCGCCUGAACGCCGGAUUCUGGGAGCAGCUGCUGCAGUACGAGAGGAAGCUGUACGGGAAAAACACCGUCAGAGUGGCGGCAGUAGAGGAAAGCCCACCGCCACCGCCGCCGCCGCCACUCACACCGAGGACGCAGAGGUGGACGAGGCUGCCACCGCCACAGACAAACUGGUUAACGCAGGUUCAAAGGUCACCUGUGAUGGGCCGGGCAUCUGUGAUGUCACGGCCCCAGGUGAUGACGCCAACGACCCAGAGAAGAAGAGGAACCAAAUCCAGCAUCUUCAGAGUCUGA